UCAUUUUUUUUACAAAUUCUCUCCAACCCGGAUAAUAUAAUUAAGAUAAUUUUUCCCUCCCGGAGAGGUUUGCCUUCAGUGGCGGCGCUUGCAGCGAGCAUGGAUGGAGAAGACGGCGGCGGGCGGCUGAUUGUGAGGGGUAGAGCGGAGAUUGACACUAGAGCGCCGUUCAAGUCCGUCAAGGAGGCAGUCAUGUUGUUUGGAGAGAGAGUUCUAGUUGGAGAAAUUUAUGCCAACAAAAUUAAGGAAAUGUCAGAAAGAGGACAAUCACAAACUAGAGUAGGUGUCUUAACUGCGGAGCUAGAAGGAACAAAGGAAAGCCUAGAGAAAGCGAAAGAAGAGAACGGGGUAUUAGCCUUCUGCCUUCAAUCUCUCACGGACGAGCUCGAGCGGACCAAACAAGAGCUCGAAAAACUGAAGUCAAUAGAACACCAAAAACCGCACUGCCGCGACGAUCAUCAUCAGCUUUCACUAGCCAUGACAAUCCAUCCCGAGGUUGACGAAGAUCUCAAAUUCGUAGAGAAUGAAAAAGAAAGCAGCAAAAAUAAUAAUGGGGAAGAAACAAAUAAUAAUAAUAAUAAUGGUAUAAUAUUGGAGAAUAAAAGAAGCGUGAAAUUUGCUACUGAAUUGGACCGAAUCAUCGUUAGUAAGAAGGAGGAAGUAUUAUUGGCCCAAAAACCAUCGUUAUCGCCUCCGGCUUCUUCAGUUAAAAGGUCGAAGAAAAAGAGUUUGGUUCCUUUGGUUGGAUGGCUUUUCGCUAAAAAGAAGGGAAAUUAUCAAGAAGUGUGAUUUUGUGUAAGAGUAAUUUUGAUUUCGGCAAUUAGAUGAUUAAUCUGCGUGCAAAUUCAAACUGGUUUUUGCAUGUAUUUUUAAUCUUGGAUUUUGCAUGCUUAAGAUUUUGCACUUGUGUAUUGUGUGUAAGUUUUCGCUUAUUGAAUAAAAAACUUUGAACUUUCUCGAUUA